AAAAAUGGAAAAAAACAUCGAAAAUGAAACGCUCAAAAUCGCUUUACAAGGAGAGAUUUAUCCAUCAAUAUCGUCACAAGCCUCAAAUAUAAUAACACCAGAAGAAAAAAGACGAAUCAGCGAAAACGACCAAUUUGCUAAAGAUGGACUCGAACAAAUUCAUCGAAUUCAGUAUUGCACCAGUCAGAUGUUAUUAUGGAAUUUCGAAGAAAUUUCUCUGGAAAAACUCAAAAAAGUCAAAACGUCUGUGAAACGUUAUUCUACGAAAAUCAUUGAAAUCUGCGACCGACUGAAAGGAUACAGAACCUUUGAACUCGAAAACUGCGCUAUCACACCGGAAGAACUUGAAAAAGCCAGACUGCUGACAAUGGAACUUUGGGACCGACUAUGUGAUGAAAUAUGGAAACGUAGAUUCAUUUCGCUACAAAUAGCCGUAUUCCUGAAUUACAAGAAGAAGGCAACAACGAUCUACAACAACUUCAAUCAAAAAAAUGAUCAACUAUGGGAAAGGCUCCGAAAUGGCCAUCAGCGGUUCGACUACGUUCUUGACCGGAAUGUCGAGAAACUCCGAAACUUGGAAAAGUCUACACGCAGCUUGAUCCGGGAAAAAAUUCUUCAAAUAGAUAGUGACGAAAAUCUGUGCAAAAAUUUCCGUGAAAUUAAAGAAAUCAUUAGCAAAGCUGUUUUUGAAGCAUCGAAAAUAAGUUAUUCACAUUUUUCUUUGAUCAAUAAGUCGCUUGGAAAAUAUAUAAAACCACGUAAAUUCUUUCCAAUCUUCAGAGUGAAAAGAGUAAAACAAGCGUAUUAUGAAAAAGCGUAUAAAAAAAGAUCAAUUUCCAAAAUUACUGCGUUGAAUGAAAAUAAAAUUGUAAACGAGAAGAAAUGGACUUCAAAAAUAUGUGAAAUCAAUCAAUUUGUGAAAAACAUAGUUGCUUCAUCUUCUAUGAAGUAUAAUUGGAAAUAUAGAAAAAAGUUUGUUUUAUCAAUGGAAAAAAAACUCUUGUAAAAAUUUGAAGAAAAGAUCGUAAAUUGUACAACGGAUAUUGAUUUGCUAUUCAAACCACAAAAAGAAACCCUUUUGAAAUGUAUGAACAGAAAGAAUUUUUCCAGAAACGUUAAUUUGUUACCUACAUAAAACAAUGAGACCCAAUUUUGAUACAACAUUGAUUGCAACUUGUAAAGAAUCUCUAUUUUUCUCUUACACUUUUCAAAAUAACUUUCAUCAAAACGUGCAUACAUUUUUAAAUCUGAACAACUGAAAUAUUGAAAAGCCAACAUUCGAUGCCUAUGCAUGUAAAAUUUUGGUUAAAAGCACAAAAAAUAUUCAAUGGGGGCACAAAAUUGAGCUACUAUUUUCCUCAUAAUAAGUAAAAUCACAAAAAAAACAAAUUGAAAUUCAAUAAAAACUACUGCAUGCGCAUGAAAAUCGCAAGUAAUCUCGUAUAAAAAAUUGCACACGCAAAUAAAAUAAUAGUUGUCAAUUUUGAAUGAACUUUGGUUGCACGUGCAAGGAGGUACACAUACAUCAGAUUUGUAUAUUAAAAUUUCUUUCCUCCGAAAUUCGCUAACACACGUAUUUGGUCACAUUUUUUGAACCGCAUAUAGAGAUCAAUAGUCCAAUUCCAAAUUCCAAUUCGUAUUUCACAUUAACAAUUCUGAAGAAAAAAAAAUGUUUUUGCUUUGGUUUAAAUCGAAAAGUAUUUUGCAAAUCAGCGCAUAAGAAAAAUACUGUUGUUGUUUUUGAAUCGAAGAAAAAAAAAAGAUAGAGAACGUUUCCUUUGUCAUACAAUUCAAUGGAAAAAAAAAGCAAUCGUAAUCAUUAUUUUUGUUUGAAUUGCGAAUUUCUGAAGCAAAUAAUAACUGAACCUUUAAGUAAAUGAAUCGAAUGUUUUCAAUUUUUGAUUGAGCGAAUGAUGUAAUUUGUACUUUUUUUUAUUAACUGAAAUGGAGUAGAAUUUAAAUCAGCUGUAAUUAUAGCAUUUUAUGGAGAAAAUCAGUAAAUCGAAUCUGCAUUGAAAAGCGACGUCAUUCUCGCGUACAUAUAAUAUUGUUCAUGGCAUAACACGCUAAUCCCAACGGGUUGAUAUUAACGUUUUUUUUUUGUAUUAUCGUGAAGAAAGUACCACAACCAUUUGAUAUUGUUGAAGCCUGACGCCAAUAGUAGCGCAGCCUUCGGAGCACACAGACUCCCAUUUUGACCUAAGCCGCCAAUCGUCGCGCAGUCUUGAAUACGGCUUAAGACGCCAAAAGUAGCGCAGCCAGAAUUAUAUUUAGUAAUUAAGUUUUGAAGAAAAAUGCUUGAGAAUUUUCUAACAAAAAACUAAAAAAACCUUUAUACUCAAAUACUAAGAGGGACAAAAUAAGCCAUAGCGAAUUCAUCUAAAAAUAUUAUAUUUGAAUAAAAAAUUCAAUUCACAUUUUCCUAUCUGAAUAUCAAAAUAGAAAAAUCAUUAUUUGUAUUUGAACAUGAAAUUGAGAUUAUGAAAUGAAAUUUAUGAAAUGUUAACUUAUGGUUAAGCAGAAAAUUGUAAAACCAAACAAUUGUAAACUCAGCUAUAUCAUCUGUAAUCUUCUAUCUAUCUUUUCUAAUUUUUCAUACCCUCUUCUUUCUCUCUUGCUAAAGUAAAUUUGGGGACAAAUUUGUUCCAAUGGGGGGGAUAAUGAGGUGAUAACUGCUCAUAUUCAUAACUCAUACAAUAAUUACUCAUUACCAUACCACUCAUUUUAGCUCAUUCAUACUUUUAAACUAACACACUCAAGACAUUCUUACUUUCACUCGUGUUCUACCUUUCAUGCUUCAAGUCUUUCAUUCGCUUAAUCACUUCUAUGUCAACAGUAAAUCAGAGAAGUCACAAUAAAGAAUAUUGAAUUACAACUAAAAA